AUAGAAUGUUUAUUUAUUUAUUCAUCCGCAAACAUCACAAUGCAUUCACAAUUUGGAAAGCAUAAAUCAGAUAUAUCUCUGUUAACGCCUGCUCCGCCUUCACCUAAAGCCUUCGGCUUACUGUAUGCUGCUCAUUGGUUAGGAUCAACUGACCCAGAAAUAUGGGAACGUCUAGAGACUUUGGCAAACGAAAAUCAAUGUUUAAUUGAUUUAAGAGAUGAAAAAGUGCCGGGUACUUACGAAACUCAACUAUUUGUCAUUGGAUAUGCUGGAAAUAUUGUUACUGUAUUGAAACAACUUCAAGAUUACAUCGAUGAGCCGAACAAUUUCGACAGAUUUGAUAUCGACCGCCGUCCAAGAAAGGAAACAUUAAAAAUGUGCGUCCCAACCGAUAUGUUUUUGAGUAAAUUUGGUGUGGGUCUUGUAGCUGAAGGACGAAUUACUCAUUACGAGCAAAAUCGUGGUGUCACAAUCAAGACUUAUGCAAUUUCCCAAUCUCAACACGUCAUUUCGGUAUACAGUAAUGAAAAUAACCAUCAGCUCCCAUUGCAUGACUUAGUUGAAUAUUUUGCAUAUCCGUCGCAAUGUUACGAAAAAUCGUUUGCUCAAAAGAUUCCCUACUUGGUGGAUAAUAAGUCUGGACUACUGAACAGGUUUAAGGAUAUCUCAAAACUUGAUGUUAUUAAAACUCCUAGGGAUCAGCUUUGGUUGAUGGCUCUGGACGGAAUGAAAACUGUAGAUGCUCGAGAAUCGAUCCUGCAAGCUCUCCGGGAAAAUCCUGACUCGGCUAGUUUGUAUGUUCGCGCCUGUAAACUGGAGCACUUGCCAUCCUGUAAAAUGGAAUGGUUGCUGCACGCCCUUCAACGCGAUACGCUGGAUGAUAAGAUGAAAAUUAUAAAGCAUGCAGAAACUUAUUUCCGAGGGCCUGCAAUCCUUCAAAUUUUAGAAUCUGCUGUGCUCUCGCUUUCAAAUGACAUACAUAUUGUACGAGAAUUGGCCAUUGCACAUGAAAAAUCGGGAAAUUUCGAGAAAAGCAUGCAAUUCCUCAAAGAUUGCAUUGAUAACAAUUCUUGGAACUCAACGGAACUCACCGCCUCAAUGAUCCAUUGCGAACACGCUGGUGCAAAUCGUACCUCAAAGGUUUAUUUGGAAGCAAUGUAUUCCAUAUUCAACUUUACAACCUCUGAAGAAGCCGCGUUGAUCGAGAUUGUUAAAGUACUUGUAGAAACUGAUUCUCCUCUCUCUGCAAAAUCACUUUCUCUUGAAUUGAUGACGAGAUAUGCAGGAACACCCACUUUUGAGAAGACAAGACAAUUAUUCCAUUCACUGUUUUACACAACUUGCUCAAAGUCUGAUUCUGAAAGAUAUGAUGACACAUUCAUCAAGCACAUGGCAAAGUGGAACAAGAAGCAGCAGGAGCAACAGAAGUGAACUGUGAACUUUAAUACAUGAAUCAUUUAUUGGCG